UUCACUAUCAAGGUUUGCUGGACAACGCUCAACUGUUUAUCAUCUUUUCUCAAAAUCAUCUUAAAGUGAAGAUAGUGGCGAGACAAGAAAUAAAUCACCAUGGCGAUUAUACAAAGAUGUUGUUGUUUCUCUAACGUCAGGAGCGGUUCCAUGGCCUGUGGCAUCUACUCAUUAAUAUCCAGCUUCAUCUAUAUAGCGAUGACGUCCUUCAACUGGGCUGGGUAUUUCAGCGCUGUCAACAGUAAAGAUAUUACAGAACCGGGUGCUGGUGGGAUGUAUGCAGCAGCAUACAGUAUUAAAAUUGCCGUCGCCGCUUUUCUUCUCAUCGCAUCCAUUGUUCUCUUAGAUGGCGUGUCCCAGAACAACAGGACGAAGUUGAUUCCUUACAUAGUGGCGAUCACGGUUCUUAUGGUGUUACAAACCAUUGCAUGGGUUAUCUUGUUAUUGAUCGCGGCCGCGUCUGCUGGAGUUGUCGUGAUCUUUGUCGUCUGGCUCCUAUUUACUGCCCUCAACAUCACGUGUCUAAUUUGCGUCAUCUCGCAAUACCAAGAACUUAGCGAAGGUCGAGGAAGGGCCAGUGGUGUGGCAUAACCAUAGAAACAUGAAACUUUCGACGACAAAAUCAUCCUUCUAGGCAUCGUUUAACGAACCGGUUAUGAGUACAAGUUCACAUUUAAUAGUAUACAUGCACUUUCUCACAGGUUACACGGCAAACGCUGAACAAUACAAGUGCAUACCGACGACGGGGUGCGGGCGCGCGUGCGUGCGCGAAGUUAACGACUGCAAUCUCAGAUCCUCAUUAAAUUCAUGCAAGUAAUUCACAUAAUGUGAAUUGAUGAUGAUCAUUAAAGUCACUGAAAUGUGCUGCUUAUUACACUUUACGUCAUCUUAAGAAAAACACGCCACGGUUUUGCCGCGUAAUGUCUGAUCGAGCCUUUAGUCGUAUGGGGAAAGGGAUUUAAAGAAGACUAAACAAAACAUGAACCCUCAUUUUCGUUAUAAUCCAUUAUAUAAUGUAAAUAUUUCAGCUGCUCACCGAAAUAUAUUUGUUACUAUCUUUCUAAUAAGUUUCUUUUAACCGAGAGUAUUAUCAUUCUUAAGUUUAUGUUGACGCUGCAGCACAAUAGUGCACAGUAUAGGUAGCUCUUGAAAUAAUAGAUAAUGAGGCUAGUAUCAAAUUGCUGUACAAAUGAGGCUUACGUACAACACACAUUUUAAAUCCAUGAUCAGCGCCCAUAUUCAUUAAACAUUCCUAGACCCCGUUCUCGACUAAAUAUGUUGAUGUACUACGUAAUUAGUUGACAGUUGUCAUUGUAGUUCUGUACGACGUUUUGCAAAUAUAUCUUUUUAAUGGGGGAGGGAGUGGGAGGGGAUGGGAGAAUACACAAACACAUUCUUUCAAGUAUAUUUUGUUAUUCUCGAUCAUAAUUAUAUAUGAAAAUGUUUUUCUAAACAGUUUAUAAAAAAGUACUUAUGCUUUCGUUUCAUUAUUGCAAUUUAUAAUAUUUAAAAACAAAUCUGGACUAUCAACCUGUUUCGUGCAUAACUAUUUUUUUCAUGUGCAGUAGAAAUAUUACACUAAUCAGUCUCACAGGUUUAUUGAUAGGCAUUAUCGGUUGCCACUUCAAAAGCUGUAUGCCAAUGCAAUAGACACGCUUUAUAUUUCUCCUUCGAAGAAAUAUAUAUUUGUAAAUAUAUUUUAUUAAAUUUCCUUUAACCAAGAGUAUAUAUCAUUCUUAAGUUUAUGUUAAUGGCUGGAAUCAGAAGGUUGUACCAAAUGAGGCUUACCUGUAACAUACAUUAAAAUCCAUGAUCAGGGCUCAAUUUAAUUACACUUGUCUAGAUAUGUUGAUGCACUACGUAAUUAGUUGACAGCUGUCAUAGUAGUUCUAUACGAUUUAUUUUGCAAAUAUGUAUUUACAAAAUUUCCUAUGUAAUUUAGCCAUAAUAUGUUUGAAGCUUAAUGUGCAUGUACAGUAGAGUUAAGAUCUUACAGUAGUUAGGAUGAAAUGGAAAGCAGAUUUUGUCUGCAGGCACAUACUCUAGUUGGACUCUUGACCACAAAUCCUAAAGCCAUGAGCAG